UACAGUGUAGCGUUAAAACCACACGUGGACCAACACACGAUUUGCAGUUCGUACAGAAAACUUUGAAAAGUUUGACAACUGGAGCUAACUUACUUUCCCGUGUGUCCAAGAUGGAACCCCAUCUCAAGAAAAUGCCAUACGCGCUUAAUAAAUUUCUUGAUUUGGAAGAGGUUAUGUGCAAGCAGCUUCUGAGCCUGGACCUCCGGGACACAUCCAAGCAGUCAGCAUUCCCAGUGAGACCUGUUGGUUACAAUAAGCCCUGGACCCCAUGUUCCCUCUCUGCAUCUAGCUCUGCCCUCUCUACUCACUCCACAGAAAGUGCAACCAUGACCUCCAGCCACUGGGGGCAGAACACAGAGGCCUCACUCCCAUCAAGAUUGAAGAUGUCAUUCUGGGCUGAGCGCUCGGUCAGCAUGGUGGAGCCCAGCACGUGCACCCUGGGCUGGGCCUCUACAGAGCCUAAACAGCCCCCAGCCUCCCCUACUGGUGGCCCUGUCUCUGGGUCUCCCACCUCCUCACGCUAUAAGACUGAACUCUGCCGCACCUUUGCCGAGAGUGGCAUCUGUAAGUACGGGGGGAAGUGCCAGUUUGCCCACGGCUUUGAUGAGAUACGUGACCUCAACAGACACCCCAAGUACAAGACGGAGCCUUGUCGCACCUUCCACACCAUCGGCUUCUGUCCUUACGGCAUCCGCUGCCACUUUGUUCAUAACAACGAGGAUGACCUGGGCCCUGGUCCUACCAGGCCUGGGCCUGGUCCCCAAACCCCCCGAACCAGACGACCCCCUCUACUUAGGCAGAGCUUCAGCUUCGGAGGCUUCCCCUCCGCCCCUCCACAGCCCCUGGAGCACUCCCUCCCCCACCCCUUCCUCCUCGUGCCUUCAGUCUCCCCUCCCACCUCAGCUGACAUCACCGACCUGCUCUCCCGCGCCUUCUCCGAGGUGGACUGUGUCUUUGAGCCGGCCCAUGAACUCCAGUCUCAGUUUCUUCCCUCUCCUGACUCAGGCUGUUCCCUCUGUGGACUGUCCCCUGUGCCUUCCCCCUCCCACAACCCCUGUACCUUAUCAGAGGGCUGCGGCCUGCAGCAGAGCCAGAGUCCCCCCUGUGGGCCUGCUCUCAGGGCCAGGAGCCUCUCCUAUACCUCCCUGUCUGACCACGAGGGUGGGUGUGGCAGCUCAGCCAGCAGCCUCAGUGGGUCUGACUCCUCUGGUCCAGAUGGGUCUGGUCGGCGGCUGCCUAUCUUCAGCCAGCUCUCAGUGCCUGACGAGUGCUGCAGCAGCACUAGCUUCUUCCUCUAGGUAGGAUGGUCCCCUCAAACCUUCCCCAACCACUGUGACGUCUUGUCCAUUGAAAUCCUUGUGUAUUUUUUUUUUAAAGAACCAUGACUGCAUACUAUUGUGUACCUAAUGUAUUGUACGGGCAGAUGCUUGACACAUAAAUGUGCUUCAGUUAAGCUCAAGCGAAAUUAAGCUGUACACUUUUGAGGCACAAGUUGACAGCAAGGCAAGGUGCCAGAGUUGCAUUACACUGACUAUUUGGGAGAGA